GUACGCAUGCGCAAAUGCUCAGCUAAUCAUCGACAUUAGCAAAAAAUGGAUCCAGUUUACCCGAGAACGCAGAAAAUUGCAUCUGACUAUCAAGUUAUUAGGCACAGACGACACAUUGGAUUACAGCAAUUAAUGGCAUUAUCAGCAAGUGCAAGCACAAUUUUGGGUCCUAACAAAUCAUUUAAAUUUAUUGUGGGGCAGAAUGAUGAUGAAGCGGUUCUUGCUUGCUCAGCAUUUCGCCUUUUGGAGAAUAUGGAUCUGACUUGUGCUGCAGGACAGCUACUUAAUGAGGCUGUUCAGUCACACCAAAAAAUUUAUAAGACUGGUUCAAGCACAUUCAUGUUUAUGGUUGGUGCCUGGAGUUCAGCAGUGUUAGAAUGCCUUCGUCAAGAUAUUCGUAUCUCCUUGAUUGUGCCAGUUAUGUCAGGAGGACUGGAAUUGUGCAUCGAAGCCUGCAAAGCUCAUGCUUUGCCCAUUCAGGACAUCUACAGAAGGAUAUCUUGGAGGACUAAAACAACAGACUUUCCAGUUGAUCAUCUUAGUUCUGUUAGAAGUGAUGAUUUCACUCAUUGUAAAAAAUCACAGACUGUUUUAAAGUCAGUAUCUCCAGUAGUAGUCUCAUCAAAAAAAUCUGCUUUAGCUGAAAGUGAAGUCACACUUCAUAAAGAGCAGUUAAAACUCAAUUCACCUUUAUCUGCUAAUUUAAAAAAUAAUAAAAGCUUACAAAAUUGUUUAAAGCUAAAACAUAGCAGACACUUUUCUGUUAAAAAUUUGGAGGAACCCUUACUAUGCAGAGGUGGUCCAAAUUUUGUCCCAGAUUCAAUGUGCUCAUCAAUGUUCUUCACGUAUCUAGCUCAGUCAUUAUGUCAUGGCUGCUCACAUGCAAUAAGGUUAGUUAUUGAUGCUUGUAGACUUCAGGUGAAACUUGCAAGACUGAAAGAACCUACUAGUGGGGCUCUAACUGCUUUUGAUGUAAGCAAGCUGGUGACUUUUGUGUACCCUGGCCUAUCUGAAAACUAUUCCUGUGUAACAUCAGGUUUCAUUAGCUGGGUCUUGGCAGAUCAAUAUGUAUUGGCAAAAUCAUUUCAUGGGCAGUAUUUGCGUGUGGUGUUUAUUAAUGGAGAUGCAACUGAAAAAUACAGACACGUAGGACUGAAUAAUACUUUAAAUGUUAAAUACAUCACAGAUGCAUCUUGUUUAGAAAUGAACACAGAAGAGAGUUGGGACUGUCGCACGUUAGCAGCUCUUUUAAAAUUGAAAGUAAAUUUAAUUUUAAUACAAGGGAUUACCUCCACAAGAUAUGUUGAAACAUGUGUAAAGCACAGAAUACUUGUGGUCCAGAAAGUGAAACAUGAAGUUUUCAAAGACCUAGCAGAAGCCACAGGUGGAAUACCAGUAUUCUACUUUUCACAACUUGAUGAGAGCUGUGUGGGCAAUGGCAUAACUGUUACCCUCUGGAAGACAACAUUGAAUAAGGAAUUUACAGCUCUUAAAAUAACUACCAGUUCUACAAUGCUAGUUACAGCUUUCAUCACAUCUCCAGCAAUAUGUAAGCUUCAAAUGUUAGAAGAUCAGUUCUGGACUUGUGCACAUAGGCUUAAUCAUGCCCUUACGGAGGAAACCGUUCUCCUUGGCGCUGGUGAUGCAGAAAUGUUUUGUCUAAUGCAUCUUGAGAGUCUUGUGGAAGAAGACCCUGCCAAACUUUAUGAGGCAAUUCACAAGCACAUGGCCACAGCAAACUUGGUAAGCAUGUCAGAAGAUGCUAUGCAAUAUACAAGGCAAAUCCUGCAGCUAAUGGCUAAUGGCUGGAGAGACUAUAUAAGUACAGUGUAUUACAACAGUGGUUUAUGUACCACAAAAUUGAAAGCCUUGACAGCUAUAAGUGAAUACCUGAGCAAGAAGGAGAAGCAUGUGAGCUUGUUUUCACACUUCACGCCAAAUGUGUUAGGUUGUGACAAUGAUGGUAAACCUACUUGUGAAAACACAGGAAAUGCUGAAGUUUAUGACAAUGUUACAGUAAAGCUAGAAGCUUGGCGGGGUGCACUAGACCUGGUAAUGCUUGUACUCCAGACUGAUGCAGAAAUUGUAACUGGGUAUGUAGAGACUGAAUCCUAACACCUAAUAAAUAUCUUUGUCUUGUUUC